AAAAACAAACUGUCAAAACUCGCGCGGCCCCGUGAGAGAGCAAAACAUGUGCGCGUUCGUGUAAUUUGUAUUAUUCCCUUCGUGCGUGCGUGAGGCGCAUGUUUAUACCUAGUGUUGAUUGUUCCGUGAUCCGCCAGAAUUUUCGAUAUCCUUCUCAUUUUACUGCGAAAUUUAACCAUCUUUCCUGGCUAUCCUUCCUGUAAGUGGUGUUUAGUUGACCUGUUUGCUAGAAACUCCGCAUUCCUCAAGAUGUCCGAUGAUGAAUGUCCUCCGCUGUGCGAGAUGGAAACAGGCGAUUCCAACGGGGAAGAGGAGGAAGCUGACGAGUGGGAGGUAGCCGAGGAGCAGAACGACCCGGUGCGGUGUCUGUUCUGUGAGCAAAUCUCCCCAACUAUGACAACGGCCAUCCGGCAUGCCAAGGAACGGCACGAUUUCGACCUGGGCGAAGUGCGGCGUAGAUUCCAUCUGGAUGAGUAUGGGUACAUCAAAAUGAUCAACUACAUCCGGCUGGAGAAGCCGGAUCCGUCGGUGUUCAAGACGGGAACGAGCGUGUUCUGGUCCGACGACAAGUAUCUGAAACCGGUCCAGAACGAAACCUGGCUGAUGUUCGAUCUGGACGAGCUGGACGAGAUUCUGCUGAAUGGGAAUGGGACCGGUGGAGGAGCGCGGGAAAAUGGCAAUAACAUCGGGGAUACGAUUACGCUCACCACGGAUCAGUACCGCAAGUUACAGGGCAUCAUCAAUGAGCUGACCGCUCAGCUGAGAGAAAAGGAGAACCUGCUGCAGCACGCUUCCGGCGAUAUCGAAAAGAUGAGGGAAAGCUUCCGGAAUCUGCUGGAGCAGCAGAGUGAACAGAAAACGGCGGGCGGUGGAAGCAAGAAAGCGGCACCCGAGGAGAAGAUAGCACAGAUUCGGGAGGAGUUGAGGCACUGCGUAAGCACGGUGGCCGUGGAGGACGACCAGGGGUACUUCAAUACGUACUCGCACUUUGGGAUCCAUCACGAUAUGUUGAGCGAUUACGUGCGGACGGCGAGCUAUCGUGAUGCUAUCCUCGAUAACGGGGAGAUUUUCAAGGACAAGGUUGUCCUGGACUUGGGUUGUGGAACGGCAAUUUUGUCCAUGUUUGCAGCGAAAGCCGGAGCGAAGGAGGUGAUUUCGGUUGACCAGUCGGAUAUCAUCUACCAGGCGAUGGAUAUCGUUAGGAGGAACAACAUCGAGAACAUUAAGUUUGUUAAGGGACGCCUGGAGGAUUGUGAGCUGCCGGUGGAGAAGGUGGAUAUUAUCGUGUCCGAAUGGAUGGGUUACUUCCUGCUGUUCGAGGGGAUGAUGGAUAGUGUGAUUUACGCUAGGAAGCGGUAUCUAAAGGAGGGUGGCUUUAUUCUGCCCAAUAGGUGUAAUAUAAGCUUAGCGGGGUAUGGAGAUAUUGAACGACACGAUGAGUUUAUCGGGUUCUGGAAGAAUGUGUAUGGGUUCGACAUGUCCUGUAUGAAGAAGGAAGUAUUGAGGGAAGCCACGGUUGAAGUUUGCAAACCCGAGCACGUUAUUACCAAUGCUAACAUCAUAGCAAAUUUCGAUCUGAUGGAAGUAGACGUAGACUGUCCCAAUUUCAGUUAUAGUUUCGAGCUUACGGUUAAAAAGACCUGUAAGCUGACGGCCUUGGUUGGCUAUUUCGAUACGUUUUUUGAACUACCGCAACACGUGGAGUUUUCAACUUCGCCCUACACGAGACCUACGCACUGGAAGCAAACCAUCUUCUACGUCGAGGAACCGAUUCCGGUGCAGGAAGGUCAAGUGAUUGAAGGUAAGUUUGUUUGCAGACGCGACCCGAAGGAUGCACGAUCCCUGUUCAUAACGAUCGAGUACCUUGGACAGGUCCUCAAGUACACCCUCAACUAGCAGAUUGGAAUUCUGAUUCUGAUCAACUGAACCCUAGAACAAGAUUGUACGAAGCGACUACAGAAGACCAAUAAUCAACUACAGCUUUAAAGCACAAUGAAAAUAGGAGCUUGAUAAUACAAAUAAGUAAGAUUUCAACACUUUGAUAGAACGAAGAACAAACACACUACGAACGGUGGUUGUGAAGCGACAAAAUAAUACACGAAACAAAGGCAAACCAAUCCUAUUUAAACUGCCUCGUUGGAAACUGUUUCCCAAGACAUCAUAGACUAUCUACGCUUUAAUUUUGAAUCCUAGCUAGUUUGAUACACUUAACUCUUUCAAAGUUUUAAAUCCUCACCUAGAAACUAUACUCAAAAAUCAACUCAUUGGAGACAAUCAGUUUCUCUGUCAACAGGUCCAGUUAGCUUCCUUCACUCCUAUCAUAAAAAUACCUAAAACCCCUUUGAACACGAAAGGUUUCCCCAAAUAAUACCGUUAGAGACGUAGCAUUUUUUAGAACAGUUACAACAAUCGCCUAAACGAGCGAAUAACCUCCCACUUACCCUUGGGAGGCAAAUAAUUGUAGUCGAAAGCAAAGGAACAAGCUUUAAUUUUGUAAAACACUGAAUGUUGAUUUUUGUACUCAGAAAGUUUUUGAUCCUUCCGACACAGGCACACAGGGCGGGAAACGAACGUUGGAUUGGAUAUUUUUGAUAGGACAGAUACAUUUCACGAAUUCACGUUUCACCACAACUUGCAGAACGGAAUAAGUAAAACGAAAACAAUACUAAUCGAUAAUCGAGGCAGGAAUUGUCGCACUCUUCCAUAAGAUAAACCUAAGUAGAAUGUAGACUGUUUGUUGCAUUGCAAUUUACAAUUAUCUAUAUUUAAUAUAAUAUGCUAUGAAUACAAACCAUUAUUGAACCGUCUUACACAGUUUGGUCCGUUUUAUGAUAAAUCAAUGUUAAACUAUUAAACAUAAACUCGAGCAUGAUGCUAGAUUAAACAUCAUUAACUAUUA